CCCCCAAACAGCACGGAACAAGCACACAGCCCUUGGCCGGAGGCGGCGGCAGGGCGAAUCUCCGCAGCCUGAGAUUAAUCACAGGCUUCCCACCAGGCCACCACCCUUUCCCCACUCGACGUCCUCCCUCGCCCCCUCCUCCUCCUGUUAGGCCGAGUGGCAAACCCCUAGCUACUACCUCGCUCCAGAAGCUUUCUUUCCCCUAGAUCUCCCAUCCCAUCCCCAUGUCCGGCCGCGCUGCCGAUCCGGCGGCCUUGGCGGCGAAGGGGAAGCUAGGGGAGCUAAUGUGGGAGCACCGGGUGCAGGCGGCCGUAGCGGUGGCGCUGGUGGCCGCGGCCGCCGUCUCGAUCUCCGUCGUGGGGCCCAGGCUCAGCGCCCUGGUGUCCUUCUUCUGGCCGCUGCUCCUCUCCACGGGCUUCUUCCUGGUGGCGGUCGCCGUGCUGCUCCGGAUCUCGCCGCCGCCCGCGGGCGACGACGACGAGUCCGGCAAGGAGCUCGUCGACUUCGUCGCCUGGUGCCGCCCGGAGCACCUCGUCCCGGACGCGGCGGCCGUGGAGGCUCCGCUGGAGCCGGAGACCUGACGGAAUGCCGGAGGAGGAGUCGGAGAGGAGGCCGACGGCAGCCGAGCUGUGCCAUGGCGAUGGCGAUGGCGAUGGCGGGGCUCCGUUGCCGGGGUGACCACUUCCAGUGGCACGGGUGGGGGCAACCACUGUGUGGGCGUGUCCAGGCCGGCGCGCGGCCUUGGCUCUGUAGCCUAGGACUCCUCCAUUCCAUUGUCUCCCUCUGCUCCGGUGUAAGAUACCGUGGAUGGAUUACAAUAAUGAAUCAUGUCG